AUGCUGGGCGGCAUGUGCGGUGACGGCACCGCGGGCACGCCGUGCUGCGGCCGGGGCGCAUGCGGCCUUUUCUGCUGCGGCUGCGGGGGCGGGUGCCGAAACACCCCGCUGCGGACCACCCUGCCCCGCGUGGGCGAGGACGAGCUCCAAACGCCUCUGCGCUCUUGGCCAAUGCUGAUGGCCCACGACGCGGCUACGACGUAUGCCAAGGACGGCAGCUGCCACAAACUCCACCAGGUCAACAAUUACGCGGUCACUCAGCCCCCCGGCACCCUGGCUACGCUCUUGGAUUGCGGAGCGCGGGCCCUUGACCUUCGACCGUUCAUGCACAAAGGCACGUUGGUCCUGCAUCACGGCGACGUGAUAUUUCACACGCCGCUGGCCGAGGCCCUACAGGACCUAGUGGGCUGGGCGAACGCCAACCCGGGGGAGCUGGUGAUCGUGAUGGUAGCCAAUUGUAAUACCGACGAAUGCAGCGAUGCCACACAGGAUGCCCUCACUCGCAUGGGGAUCUGGCAGCUGGACCGUGAUAUCCGCGGGACGCUCGGGCAGGCCUUGGAGCGUGGCAAGCUCCCAGGAGGAGGUUCAGUGCUGUGGGUGAAUGGGAAAUCCCGAGUUCAGUCGAACUACGAGCCAGAUCUUGGUUGCUAUCAUCUUCUGGACCGCAGGCUAGUGGGCGCCGAUGGCCGGAACGCCUCGGGGGAGGACCGUCGCCUUGCCGGGGUCAUUUUGAACAUUCCCCAACUCUCUUGCUACGGUUCCGACCAUGACAGGGCCCAGGCGAUGGAGUCGAUGUGGAAAUAUUUCGACGCCACUGUCAACCCGCGCGAAUCGCCCGCCGAGGGCAUGCUGUGGAAUAUGCAGAUGCACUGGCAGUACGACUCUGUGCAGAUCGCCGAGGGCGUUGCGCGCUCCUCCUGCAUCAUGCAGGAGAACAGCUGGUCGAAUCUCAACCGCCUCGUCGCCGAGCGCAUCAGGGGGCUGGGCGAAUCGGCGCUGCUGAACCUCGUCGAGGUCGACAACAUCUGCGAGCACGGCCAGGACAUCGCGACCGCGCUGCGGGAGCACGCCCGCCGGCGGGCGUCGCCAGGGGAGUUCGCCUUGAAGGCCGACGCCAUCGUCAGCCUCGCAAGGGCCUCCCCUUGCUGGUCGCGCACGGCCGCCGCCGUCAGCGUCGCUAGCUUCACCUUGCUCGUCACUUUCGUGGUGGCCAGAGUGGCGUGUCGAUGCACACGAACACAAUUCGCGAUGUGGUCCAGCUACUCCGAUCUAUCCAGGGCUGGAUCGCGGAGCCAGCAGGUCGGGUUCGACGUGCUUGUGCCGCCUCAGCAUGACCAGAGCGCCAAGCCGCUUGCAGGAUUGCCGAGCUAA